CAUACAUUGAUUUGCCAAAAUCUAUAAUUUAUAUUGAAAUUACUAUCAUAAUACAUUGAUAUACUAUAUACAUAGUGUUUAUAUCUUUAUAAAACUAUAAUAUCAAUAAAUGACACAAAAAUUAAAGCAGGAUAUUGAAACUGAUUAAUCCGGUAGUAAAGGACUGAACUUUUGUAAUAGUGUUGAUCCAAUUUUUAAAUUGCAAAUGUUCGCCAUUAAAUAGAUAUACGUAUGUAUGUAAUAUGUAUCUACAUACAUACAAAUUUACUUACUUAACUGAGCUCUUUGGAAAAUUUGUAAACAUCUAUUUUACUUUCCAACGGUAUCUUAGUAAAAGAAUUAUUUAACAAUUUAGAAAUUUUGCUAAAAGCGAACAUCUGUCAUUUUCGUUCAUUAACUUAUUAAAUUUUUGGUUUGUUUCAACUUCAACGAGUAAAAGUCGUGAAAGGUAGGUGCCUACAUGCAUACAGACAAUUAAAUUAGUCGUCUAUAUAUACACAGAUGUGCAGUUAGUUGAUUGCACAGCAUUCUCUCAAAGUAUUUCCAUUUUUGAAGAGUCUAAAAUACAUCUUACAUCUCCAUCUUUCAAAAUAGAUUUAUUAAGAUGGCGACGUCAGCGAAAAUAGAUCAACGCAAAUGUUUGUAGAUAUGCUUGUAUAAAACUUGAAUAUACUUACAUAUGUUCAUAAAUAUGUACAUACAUACGUAUAUGUACUUAGGAGCGGCUAAAAAUGGGUGAAAUUAUUGGGCAAAGCCACACCAAAAAAAUUUAGUCAUACACACAUGCAUUCAUAUACAUAUGUAUAUGUAGAUGUAAUAAAAUACUCAACAGUGUAUGGAAACUAGUUUCUGAAAAGUUACCAAGUAUGGCCACUGCGGAGGCCGGCUCAAAUCCAUGCUGUGUGAGCGGAUACAGCUACUCACUUCUGCAAAUUCAACAUUGAUCGUCUGAUUAAUAUACAUAUGUAUGUGUGUAUAUAUAUACUUAUAUUUAUUUAUAUGAAUAUGUGUUACUGUUUUCAUGGAUCACUGCUGUUUUUGUGGCAAAUUAGCAACAUAUGUUCAAUUGAAUGAAUGCAAAUACUCAAUUUUGUAAAUUAUACCUGGCAUUAAACUUUAAACUUUACUGAAUUUGGGGAUCGUGCUUAUAAUUGUAUUGAAAAUACUGGAACUAAAUUAAUAUACAUACAUUCAUACAAAUGCUUUAGACAUUAGUUUUUCUCUUGGAAGCAUGAGAAACUUUCAUUUAGUUCAAAUUUAAUAACAGUUAUGAAUAAAUCAGCUAUUUCAAGUUUUUUUUAUUUGUAGUUCAAAUAUAUGUACAGUAAAAGUUGGGACAUUAAACAAGAUGGAAAUGAAAUGUAAUUAACAUUUUUUUCUUUUUUCAUAACUGUUAUCGUGUUAAAUCUCAAAUUUCCGCUAUUAAUUCAGUCAAUAUUAAUUUCAUUCAUGUUCGGGAAGAGCUAUAGCAAAGGGCAUAAAAUUCAGUAGUAAAUGAACUGCCUUACCGACAGAAGUUGCCGCCGGAGUUUUGGCAUUUAAAAUUUGUAUUUCAUACACUUUACUAUUUUAGUCAUUGAUCUUUGUGUAUAUGUUUUUUAUACGGCAAUUGGACAAAUACUACAUAAAAUAUACUAAAAUUUCCUUCAUAAUAGCACAAUAUCUGAAAAAAAUGUUUAUUUUUCUAUAAAUCCCCAAAUCCACUACAUCUUAUCAAAAGAUUUAUCGAUAUUUUUGUUUUGUGCACAUUUUCGUCGACUUGUGACUUAUUCUGUGUUGUAAACAAAACCGUACUACGGCAUAAAACAAUUUGCAAGAACCAAAGUAAAGGCAAAAUAUUUUUGAGACAAUACAAGCAGUCGGUCAUAUUUGCAAUAUUUUCGAAAAUAAUAUCAAAUUUUUAUAUUAUUUACUAACUGACAUGACAUUAACAAAGACUGUGGAUCAGGCUACAAUCCUUAGUGGUGAUCGUUCCAAGUUGAAAGACUUGCUAUGUAAUCGUUUGGCUGAGUGCGGUUGGCGUGAUGAGGUGCGUCUGAUGUGCCGUAAUAUAAUCAAGGAGAAAGGCAACAACAUAAAAGUUGAACAAUUGAUUGCUGAUGUUACACCACGCGCUCGUGCCUCUGUUCCCGAUGCAGUAAAAAAAGAACUACUAAUGAAGAUUAAGGCAAUUUUAGCUGCACAAGAAGGUAUCGAUUUGUAAAUGGAAGUUAAAGAUGGAGCUGGCGUGAAUCAACUAUUUUAAUUAUACAAACAUACAUAUAUACAAAAAAUGCAGAUAAUACUGUUAGAGAAUCAUAUAAUUUUUAGUCAAAGGAUUAUGUUUUUAAUAUCACAAUUUCUAUACGUGUUAUGUGAACUCUCCUUUAAUAUUUAAAUAAACAAAUAUUUGUGUGUACAAAAUUGA